AUGGUCAAUAUUAAAGAAAGCUAUCGACAACUUGGUCUUGAUGAGAAAAGUGCACAAUUGAAACUACAGAGUCAUAUGUUGUCUGAGAUGCUCAACCAAAAAGAUAUCAUGGUUCCUAAUUUAGGAGUCGCACAAGAAAGGUUGAAAGACAAGGAAAUAUUUCUCGUUCUUGAUGAUGUUGAUCGGUUAGAACAACUGGAUGCCUUGGCAAAAGAAACUCGGUGGUUUGGUCCUCGAAGUCGGAUUAUCAUCACAACACAAGAUCUAAGAGUUUUAGAGGCACAUGGGAUCAACCAUAUUUAUAAAGUGGAUUUUCCAUCAACUCAUGAGGCUUUUCAAAUGGUCUGUAUAUAUGCUUUUGGUCAGAAGAACCCUGAAUAUGAUUUCACAGAACUUGUUUGGGAAGUUGCAAAUCUUGCUAGUCAACUUCCUCUAGGACUAAAGGUUAUGGGCUCCCACUUCAAGAGAAAAUCCAAGCAAGAGUGGAAAAAUGCUCUACCAAGUUUGAAGAAUCGCCUUCACGCGGAUAUUGUGAGUGUUUUAAAG